UGCUGGCAUCCUGUUUAGGCCCCGCUGUGGUUUGCAUGAUUCGAAGGCGAUGAUGAUGAAGUGUCAGAGAAAAGAAAACUCAGUUUAGGUGGAGCUGGACUGUUGCUAUCAACCAAAGUAGACCGGACUGAAAGAUGGGCACUUACUGUGUACUUCUACACAUUUUUGCUGCUCUUCUCUUGUGUGAUAAUAGGAUGUUCUGCGAGCCUCAUUUAGUGAUGUCCACCACUGCAAUUUCAGACAUGUCCGACUCUAACACUACUGUGACUACAGCAGAAUCAACAAUAGUCGGGAAUGACUCGACACCGUUAGCGUCUGGCUUAGAGAAUGAUUGGUCAAAUAAUUCAUCUGCAGAUUAUCCUCAUACAACACAGAUCUUAAAGCAUGGUCAGACAAAUGAAUCGAUUCUGGAUGCCCCUCAGACAACUGAGAGCGUCAGAGGUUCUGAAACAAAGGGUGGAAUCCCUUUCGAAGUAAGCUCUUCGACUGCACAUCCAAAGCAGGAUUCUACUUCAAAAGGUACAAAAGCAACAAAUGGAGAUACAGGAGCGAAAAGUGGAGAUUCAGAUAACAAAGGAUCAGGAUCGUUAACAGGAGGCAUCAUCAUUUUGAUCUUCAUCCUGAUUCUGAUUGUUUGUCUGCUUGUCAUUUUGUAUUUCCUGAGAAAGAAAUCAAGGAGUUACUCAUUUGAUCUGAGCCGUCCCGACGUAGCUUCCAACGAUUAUGUUGACACCCCACUCAGCAUCGACCAACAAGGCAUAAGCUAUGAGCCAACUACCAAAGAUCUGCCUAUGUGUUUGGACUACCUAAACGAAGACAAUACCGAGGAGAAGACUAAUCCGAUAGCAAACGGGUCUACAGGAGAGCAAACUGAACAAACACCCACCAAUGAAAGUGAUUUUCAGAAUUUUCCAGAAGAGAAUAGUUUCUCUUCAGACUCGAGUUUGGCUUCGCCCAUGAAGAAAGUCGAGUUUAACCUGGACCUGGAUCUGCUUGGAAGUGAUUCUGAAUUAAACAAUACGACCGAAGCUGAAGCCACCAACACGGAGCAAAAUGAAAACAACAAUAACGUCAGUAAUGCUGGGCAAGGAACCGCAGCAGAGAUCUUCACUGAAAUCAGUCUAGAUGAGCCAAAGCAACAUGCAUAGAGUGUGUUUCCCAUGCAACAGUCUAAAUCUCGGGACUUUGGUACCUGAACUUAAACUAUAUCUGUUCAAGAUGCCUUGAUCGAAUGCAAAAGCAUCCUUUUUUAAUUUCAAGUUCUGUUGCAUCUGCUGUUAAAAGAGAAUGUAUACUGUACAUACAAAGAACAUUGAAUCAUUGGGUGACGUUUAUGUAAAAAUGUUAGUAUACAAUGCUGUAUAAAUUCAAUUUGUGGCUAUAAUAAAUGUAGAAUACCUUGUGUAAAGUAAUGCACUUGUUUGUCUAUUGUCUGAAGGUUCUCUAUUAACAAGCAUUUGUGAGAAGACGUCUCUUCUUUAUUUUAUUACUGUCAUUACUUUAGGAACAGUAGGGUCGAGUUUCCUGUCAAAAUCAUCAUUCAGUUUUUAAUUUUAAAAUAAAAAGAUGUAUAGCUUAGUUAAGACACCCAGCGUUCAGAUGCUGCUGUAAUGUUGCUGCUUUAAUACAUAAUCAAAAUUGUGUAAUUAUUGUCUGAUACUUUAACUUAAAAGGGGUAUUGGCUACCAUAGCUAUAAAUAAAGACUUCAGAUGACAUGAAA